CGUAAGAACAAGCAGAUGGAAAAAUAGUUCUUGGAUAUUUCAACGAUUUUUGAUUGCAUCUGUGCUAAAAAUCUCCAACUACUGUUUAUAAAUAUCGUGUGAAACGUAAGCAAUAUUCGGAUGAUAUAAUAUGUGGAGUUGGAGAAAGAUAAACGGUCUAAUUGUGAGGUAAAAUGCUGGCGUAGGGAUCGGACCUCUACCCAUAACCGCCAUAACCUCCAUUCGUGUUAUUGGAGUAGAUACGGAAUUAAGUUGUGUGUCAGAUGUGUCUAUCGUUUCGGAUUUUUCGUAAAGUUUGGUGGCGAUAUUUAAUUUCGACGUAAGGAGGGUGAUCCAGUGAGUAAUCUAUUAUGUGUUUUAAAGGACUGGGGUGCGAAUUGGGCUACCAAAAUGAAGAAAAGCUUCCGUUGUUGACUAUAACGGCGGGGUGUUGGCAACGAUCGGCCGUGCUAGAUCGCAGCCGUUUUUCUUAACAUGGCUGCAACGCAGACCGAAAAGCAACAAAAUGACGUGAAUAGUGAGAAAGUGCAAUCGGAUCAGCAUCUGAACGUGCGGAAUUCCUUGUUGCAAAAUGGGACCGAUAAGAGUGGCGUUCGCGGAGGUGGCAGUGUAGUGCAUACAAAGGCUAAAAGCACCGCCGGCAAAAACAUCGCCAUAGAAAUGAGUCAAUACCGACAAGACGGCAGCGGCGGCUCGACGGCACAGACGAACUCCGGUCCGGGCCCCACGUCCGCCGGGGCCACCGAACCAGGCCUCGGCGGUGACACCGAACCGUCGGUCGGAGGUAGUGCGGCCGCCACAGACUCAAGCAUCUAUUCCGCAGAAGGCUCUCCAGCCCCGCCGCCAGCUGCCGCCGACGGGCACGUUUACAGUUUUCCUUACGGCAGAGACGUGCACAACAGCGCGGAAGGCGGCAUGCACGCUUUCGGGCCGCGGCAGCCGUUCGGGGCGCCGAAACAAAUGCCUCCUCAGCCUCAUCAACGUUUCGUAACGGGUCCGUCGAUGUCUCAGCCCCCAGGCCCGACACCGACCCUUAAUCAACUAUUGCAAAGCACCAAUACGAUGCCGCAUCGAUAUCCAAACAGUUACGGCCAUCCUGACCACUACAAUCAGGCUUGGCCCUCGCAGAAACCCAUCCAGCAGGGCUACGCACCGGGCCCGACUCCUGGAGGCGCGCCACCAGCAUCAUCCUACAGGACGCAGCCGACGCUCUCUCCAGCGUACGGAGGCGGCUCCGCACCCAGUCCCGGCUUCGGCGAGAGUCGAUCGAGUUGGCCCAGUGGUCCCCCGGGUCCGGGAUCUCAUGGGCCCGGUAGUCCUGGCCAGGCGAGUUCGUCGGCGCCCGUUAGCCAGCCGUCGCCCCAACCGUCGCAACCUCCAAGCCAUUCGCCUGGGCCCGGCCCUGGAAUGCCGCCCAGCCCGCAACACCAGCCCCACCAGGGGUUUCCUUCUCGGCCGGCGCCACCCACCACCCCCAAUGCACACGCUCCCGAUGCGGCGGAUUUGAGUGGGGGUAACAGCAAUGACAGUUCGGGAGGACCCGCGCCGGGUACACCAAACUCGCAGAGUAUGAGGCCAACUCCAUCUCCUACGGGGUCUACAGGUUCACGAUCCAUGUCGCCAGCAGUGGUUGCAGGUCAAAACAUUCCGAUGCCACCAAGGCCUUCAAGCGGUCAGUCUGAAGGUAACGGACCUAGUCGCAUAAGCCAUUCACCAAUGGGAUCCCAGAGCAGCUAUCCAGCACCACAUUCAUCACCACAUCCCGCUCACGGAUACAAAGGCCAUCCUAGUAUGGUGGUGUCUGGAUCUGUGAACCAACAAAUGCCGUUGUAUCAACCAAACCAAUACCCCCAAACUGGAUAUCCUCCGCGACCUCCUAGUAAUGUUCAGUACCCUGGUCAAGCGUAUGGUCCACCUAGUUCGCAACCUCCACCUCCGAACAACAUGCCCCCUCAACAGUUUCCAAGUCGGUCUGCCCCGAAUCAUUUGCAGAACUCACAAUUUCCUCCUUACCAACAAUCGUGGCAGGCCUCAAUAUCUCAAAGCUCGAAAGGUAAUGGUCCAAAUCCACCAACGCAGACUCCUGGAUCGCAGUCACCUGGUCCAACCACCAGACCACCUCACUACCUCAAACACCAUCUGCAGCACAAGAUGGGUUUCCAGAACGUUCCGGGAUCAGCACCACCAAGUCCUAGUCCACCUCAAAAUUACCAUAUGGGACCUCCUUCCGGACAUCAUCAUUCUGGUAUGGGUCCCCCAUCAACUAUGGGACCUCCCAAUAUGCCUCCGGCUAGUAGUCCUCUCCUUCCUAACAAUCAUCCUCACGAUGCGCCCAUGCCCCCUCCCAGUUCAACUCCAAAUUCACACACGCAAAUGGUUUCUGACAUGAUGGAUAACGGUAUAACGACAACGGCACAGGGAGGGCUGAAUACACAUGUGACAGCAGCUGCAGGGGGCUCAGUGACAUCCGUUGUUACUACAGGUCCUGACGGAACUCCUAUUGAUGAAGGCUCUCAGCAGUCGACAUUAUCUAAUGCAUCAGCGGCAUCUGGAGAAGAUCCGCAAUGCACGACUCCGAAGGCAUCCCGUAAAAACGACAUGGGUAGUCACUACAGUCACCCAACAACUCCUCAGAGCACAGCACCUUCGCCUGGCGCACCAAUGAACUCAAUGCACGAAGAUUAUGGUGAAAUAGGUAGCCCAAGUUGGCAACGCACUCCUGCAAGUCCAGUGUUUAACAGUCAUGUGCCUCCUCCGGACACGUAUCGCUCAAAGAAAUCCGACAACCUUAGUAAGCUGUACGAGAUGGAUGAUAAUCCUGACAGGAAAGCUUGGUUAGACAAGCUGCUUGCGUUUAUGGAUGAUAGGAGGACCCCUAUCACCACAUGUCCGACUAUCUCCAAGAACCCCCUUGAUUUGUUCCGCUUGUAUAUGUUUGUUAAGGAUCGUGGGGGCUUUAUGGAGGUAACUAAUAGUAAAACGUGGAAGGAUAUUGCUGGUAUGCUAGGGAUUGGUGCUUCAUCAUCUGCCGCUUAUACGCUGAGGAAGCACUACACUAAAAAUUUGUUAGCAUAUGAAUGUCAGUUUGAUAGAGGUGGUAUUGAUCCUCAGCCUAUAAUAAAUAAGGUGGAGGCGACAUCGAAAAAGAAAAACGCCAAGGCUACUUCGGUACCUUCGCCGGGUUCCUCCAACUCGCAGGAUUCUUUCCCACCAGGCUCGGGAGGAGCUUCAAUGGACGGAUAUAGCGGUUAUGGUGGAUAUCCUCCAACGGGGAAUGCCGAUUAUCCCCCACAGAGGCCGUCAUCGCAGUCUGCUCCUUCACCUCACGGAAGUGCAGGAGGGACGAAUCAUCUUAACAGUGCUGCCCCGGGUGGACCCAGUCCUGCAGGUGGAGCUUCUGACAAUGUAAACGUAUCUAAUCCUUUUGAUGAUGUAUCUCCAAGUCCUCCACCUAGAGGUGGCCCUUUCGCUGUCGGGUCGCAUCCCCCUUACCCAGGAGGAGCACCACCUCGGCCACCAGGUCAAAAUUAUUCUGGGCAACCUGGAUAUCAGUAUCCAGGACCGGGACCUGGAUCGGCUGCACCUCCAGACCAGUAUUCACCUUAUCCAAAUAGUUCAGGUUAUCCACCAGCUGUCAGACCAGUGUACCCACCCUAUUCCAGUGAUUCUUCAGCUCCUCCUCCAAAUUCCAGUAACGCCCAAGGACCUCCAGUGUCGUCUUCACAGGACCCUUACAGAUACAAUGCAAAUCCAGGUUCAGGUUACAGUCCCAGACCUGCUUAUGGGCAAGCUCCAAGCAGUACUGGACCACCGCCUACAUCUCAGCCAGCUGGCCCUGGAAACUAUCCUCCCCAUCCAGAUUAUUAUCGUCCAGAACAAGUGCAACAGGGAGCUGGUAGCGGAAGUGGAUAUGCAGGGGGGCCAAAUACAAACAAAACGAUGCCUCCACCUGGUCCACAACCGCCUAGGAGGCAUCCUGAUUUUGCCAAAGAUCAGCCAUACUCUUAUGGUCAACCUCGAACUCCAAUGUAUGGUGGUUGGCCCAAUAAUAACCAGUACAGGGCACCUCAAUAUGGUGGUACUCCAGGAGGACCACAGGGAACCCCUCCACAGUGGAAUCAAAGUGGAAGGCCUGGAGGACCUUGGGCUGGUAAUCAAGGUUACCAACAGCCCCAACCAGGGCAACCACCAUGGCCAGGAAUGGCUCAACCAGUAGGACAAAAUUCGAACAUAAGGCCUACACAUAGGCCAGGAAAGCCAUUUCCAAAUAUAAUGCAAGCUGGUGGUGCCAAGGGGAAUCAAGCCCAACCUGCAGCCGGAAAUACUUACAGUCAUAACCAGAUGCCCAAGAGAGAAAUUACUUUUCCACCUGAUAGUGUGGAAGCUACCGUACCAGUUCUUUAUCGAAGGAAGAGGAUAUGUCGAAAUGAUGUUGGGCAGGUUGAUGCUUGGCGCAUCAUAAUGUGCCUACGAUCAGGGCUUUUGUCAGAGAGUACUUAUGCUCUAGAUAUGCUAAAUGUUCUCCUUUUUGAUGAUUCAUCAGUAAGCUACUUUGGACUGAGCCAGUGGCCUGGACUGCUUGAUUUGCUGAUGGAGCAUUUCAAACGAAGUCUUUCAGAUAUGUUUGAUGGACCACACGAAGGAAAAAGUGACGAGUCUGAAAUCGACCUUGGUGGUGUUAUUACACCAAUAGAUCCUGAAUUGAAAACUGUUAUGUUGAAUAAUACUACCAAUUACUCAUUAUUGAGUCGCAAAGGUCACCCAGUGAAAUUAAUUGAUAGACCUGAAGAUAUUUUCAUACAAGACAAUGUCAGAGACUGGGACAUUCGAGGUGAUCCAAACAUUGCGAAUAUCACAGCUGAAAUACCUUCUGAUCCAUGUCACACAAAUGCGGAUCACAUUCUACCCCCUUUUCAAGCUGAAUUCGAACGUAUUUCGUUUCAUAUGAGGUUGAAGGAGGACAUACCUAUUAAAACAGAGGAGGCCGUGAUAGAGGAAGAGGUGGAAGUGAAAGUAAAGUCACCGCCCCCAGAUGACGUUCCGCCGCCAAACGAAACUCCUCCACCUGCGAAGAGUAGUGAGAAAAGACGUAGGACAAAGACCUUAAGUGAUGUGAUAUCUCGAAUUAAGAAGGAUUCUGAGGCAAAUGAUGUGCUCACGUUAGAUUCAACAGACAAAGUGAAGACUGAGAUAGUGAGUGAAAAAGCGAACUGUGAGGAACAGCCAAGUAUAGAUCUGAAAGUAAGUGUAAAUGGAGAGUGCAGUGAAACAAAAGAACAAACGGUGCAGGAUCCAUCUGGGACAUUGAAACGAAGAAGAAUUUCUGACUACGAAGACGAAGCUUAUUCCAGAGAUGAAGCUAGCUUGGUUCUACUUACAGAAAGCCAAGAUAAUAUAGGAAAACGAUGUAUUUGCUUGUCAAAUAUUCUUAGAAGCCUUACAUUUGUUCCUGGCAAUGAAAUUGAGUUUGCCAGAAGUGGGACAUUUUUAGCACUUAUCGGUAAACUAUUGUUAUUGCACCAUGAACAUCCACCACGGACGCAGAAGACUAGAAAUUAUGACAGAGAGGAGGAUGCAGAUUUUGCUGACUCGUGCAGUAGUCUACAAGGUGAAAGUGAAUGGUGGUGGGACUUUCUUAUACAGAUUAGGGAGAAUAUUUUGGUAUCAAUAUCAAAUAUAGCUGGACAAAUAGAUGUAUCUGUAUUUGAAGAAGAAGUAGCCAGACCUUUGUUAGAUGGACUCCUGCAUUGGGCCAUAUGCCCUUCUGCUACUGGUCAAGAUCCUUUCGCUUCAGUAGGUCCUACAUCGCUGCUUUCCCCUCAGAGACUAGCUCUAGAAGCCCUUUGCAAAAUAUGUGUAACAAAUAGUAACGUAGAUCUGGUGAUAGCAACACCACCGUUCCCCAGACUGGAAAGGCUUUGUGCAGUACUUACCAAGCACCUGUGCAGAUCUGAAGAUCAAGUUUUGAGGGAGUUUUCUAUUAAUCUGUUGCAUUAUUUGGCGGCCGCAGACAGCAGUAUGUCAAGAGUUGUUGCAUCUCAAACUCCUUGUGUAUCGCUGUUGGUAGCUUUUAUCGAGCAAGCAGAACAAAGUGCCAUGAGUGUGGCCAAUCAGCACGGAAUCAGCGCCCUUAGAGAAAACCCCGACUCGAUGGGAACAAGUUUGGAUAUGCUGAGGAGGGCCGCUGCUACUCUGGUAUUUUUGGCUAGGCAUCCAGACAACAAAGCUUUGUUAGUGCAGCAAGAAUCGCGGCUACUUGCCCUUGUAAUGAGCCAGAUCUUAGACCAACAAGUGGCAUUACUGCUCUCCAAAGUGCUGUUUCAGAUAUCCCGCAGCUAAUAAUCCACUCUACCUCUGUAGAUACCGAACUGUCUAUGCGGCCUUGCAGGUGUACAGAAUAGACCCUUGUAUAGCGUGAUUUCCCAGACUUUUACCACAAUGACAGUGUAUAUGCGUGUAUGCAAGUGCGAGUGUUGUGAGACGAUGGACACCAAGACUAAAAUGAGAUCCGGAUCUCUGAUAGCUAAUCAAUUCACAUAGUGUAAUCCAUAAUUGUACCAUUUUGUAAAUUAAGCGACAUACGUCUUUCUGGAAAAUGUUUAACAUACAUCCAUGUUACUUAUGUUAUUUAUUAUUUGAUAUAUGAUUAAACAGUAGAUUCCAACUGCUCUGGAAUAGCCUGAUCUGGUGCGGAGGCAGGUGCAGGUGGUGUCAUCUCCGUUUGGUUCCCUGCACACUCACUUUUCUUAUUUCAUGUUUGGUAUUACUGUGCGAAUGCUUUAUACAUGUCUGAUAAUGAAUUUAAUUAAAUAAAUGUACAAAGGAAGUACCGAAAAUGGUGUUUUUAUACAAGUUUUAAUUUUCUAUGUAUAUUUAGAAAUGUUUUAUACAUCCCAUUUUAGCUGUUACAUUGAACUCUGUUAAUGAACAAGUAUGGACUGUAACAUUAGAAAAGGCAGUCUUGAUCUAGAACUCAAAUGUAGUUUAAAAUAUGUGGUGAUAUUUUUCUGGCUGUAGGUAUAAUUCAUCUUAUGUAUGAUUGCAUAUUGUAAAUUAAGUAAAUGCUAAAUACAUUAA